AUGGCCCAGUUGACCCAAACUCUCAGAGGCCCAAAAAUUAGAAGCAUAGCCCCUUUCCACUUGAAACCAUUACAGCCUCCAUAUCCUAAAUGGUAUGAUGCAAAUGCUAGGUGUGAGUAUCAUGCUGGAAUAUCGGGGCACUCAAUUGAGAAUUGUACUGGAUUCAAGAAAGCCGUAGAGAGGUUGAUCAAGAAUGGAAUUUUGAAAUUUGAGAGUACUUCAAAUACUGAGACCCCUUUGCCGAACCAUGACAAUCAAGGAGUGAAUGCCAUUGUUGAAGCUCGUGGAAAAAGGGGGAAGGAAAAUGUUGCUGAAGUAAGGAUGCUUUUAAAAGUAAUAUGGAAAGAGAUGGUAAAGAGAGGGAUAAUAACCUCUGAGAAAGAAGGAAACGAAAUGAGGAACUACUGCGAGUUGCAUGGGAAGGAGGGUCAUGAGACCCAAAAUCGUGAAGAAUUUAAAGCCUUGGUGCAAGGUUUCAUUGACAAUAAAGAGCUACAGAUUUUUGAAGAUAGUUCUUAUAAACGAGAAAUAAAUGCGUUAGAAGGAGAACAACAAGGAAUCAGUCGGCCAAAGAUCAUUAUCUCCCUACCAGGAAAUAAGGAAGUAGAGGCACCAAAAGUGCCCAAGGUCAUCAUCCAUAAGCCCAAUCCUUUUCCUUACAAGGAUGACAAGAGGGUGCCUUGGAACUACGACUGCAGUAUAACGGUACCAAAGGGAGAGAGUAUAGCUAGCGCGUCUAGGGGCACUCAAAAUGAAGGUUCCUAUACAAGAAGUGGGAAACGUUAUGAUGAGGGGGGUAUCAGAAUGGAGCCCACAAAGACGAAAGAUGUUGAGAUUGAGAAGGAAAAAGCAACCGAAAUACCCAUCAAAGAGUUAGUUAAGGAGGAGGAGGCUAAGGAGUUUCUAAAGUUCUUGAAACAUAGUGAAUAUAGCGCGGUCGAGCAGCUACGUAAGCAACCAGCACGUAUAUCAGUGUUAGCCCUACUCUUGAGUUCUGAAGUGCAUAGGGAUGCAUUGCUAAAGGUGCUUAAUGAAACAUAUGUCACCCAUGACAUAUCAAUUAACAAGCUAGACCGAUUGGUAAACAACAUCAGUGCUGAUAAUUUCAUCUACUUCAAUGAUGAUGAAAUUCCACCUGGGGGCAUAAGGUCAACAAAAGCCCUGCAUAUUACUACUCGGUGUAAAGGAUACACAUUACCAAGCGUACUCGUCGAUAAUGGGUCUACUUUGAAUGUCCUUCCCUUAUCCACAUUGAAUCAAUUACCCAUUGACAGUUCGCAUAUGAAGGCAUGUCACAAUGUGGUGAAAGCCUUCGAUGGAACUAAAAGGAAAGUAAUGGGACGAAUUGACAUCCCUCUGGAGAUUGGACCAAAUACGUAUGAAGUCAACUUCCUGGUAAUAGAUAUCAAGUCCUCCUAUAAUUGUUUGUGGGGGAGACCAUGGAUAUACUCGGUAGGAGCGGUGCCUUCUUCAUUGCACCAAAAAUUGAAGUUAGUAACAAAUGGACGCUUGAUAACCAUCAAUGCAGAGGAGGACAUCAUAGUAGCAGUCACCAGUAAAGCUCCUUAUGUGGAGGCAAAUGAGGAGGCUAUCGAGUGUUCUUUUAGCUCCUUGGAAAUUGUUAAUGCUACCUUCAUUUCGGAGGGAAGUGAGGUGCUGUCAGGAGGAUUGCUGAUAGAAGAAAGUCGUCAGGUUAAUGCUGUACAUAAUGAGGGAUCGGAGCAAGGAAACCUUGAGGGCAUUCGCCCUUACAAACCAGGGAGCUCUCUGAAUAAUUGGACUGCGGAGGACCUUCCUAUAGUCUUUAGAAAUUUUUCAGAGUAA